GAAGGAAAUUAGCAGCGAGAGAGCGUAAAAGGGAGUAUUCAGAGCAAUGCAGCAUCAUUUAAGUGAUCCGCCGUUGGGUGGCGCUCUUUGACAAUCUUUCACACUUCCCCCCUUACGAAAUGGUGGCCUGCAUUGGAUGGAAUGUCAAAAACUGAUCUCUCGAGUAACCUGUUUACUACUUAAGAUUUGAGAUUAUAGAGGAAUUAAUCUAAUCAAGAGAAUUAUUGGUGGGAAGCAUCCCUUGAUUUUCUUGACAUCUGAUCCGAAAGAAGAUGCUGAGGAUGAGGAUCAGAGAGAGAAGAGAAAAGGGAUGCUAUCGACCGAUUCAUUCUUCCAGUCUGGUAUAUAACGGAGUUGAGAAAGACGUGGCAAGCCGUGUUGAUGUGAACAGCAUCCCGGAUGAACAUGCGGACGAGGGACUCUUGUGGUUGACCAUUGCAUCACUACGGACAACAAGAUGUAAGAGGUACUGUUGGGAGAUAGUGCCUUUAAGGCACAACUGGACAUGGCUUUGUUAUGUUUUAUAUGUCUUGUUACUGAUAACAAAAGUCUCUGAGGCGCAUCCAGCCGCCAAGAGACUGCAUGAUGAUUUGCUCAGUGACUAUAAUAGACUAAUUAGGCCCGUAGGCAACCAUUCCCACAAAGUGACAAUAAAUCUAGGGCUCAAGCUCUCCCAACUCAUAGAUAUUAAUCUGAAGCAUCAAGUAAUGACAACGAAUGUUUGGGUUGAACAAACAUGGCAUGAUUAUAAGCUUAAAUGGGAUCCUGAAGAUUAUGGAGGGGUAGAAAUGAUUCAUGUACCUGCCGAACAUAUUUGGCUUCCAGACAUAGUUCUUUUUAACAACGCCGAUGGGAACUACGAAGUAACCCUAAUGACAAAAGCAACAGUAUAUUAUUCAGGUGAAAUAGUGUGGAAACCUCCCGCUUUGUACAAGAGUACCUGUGAAAUAGACGUUGAGUACUUUCCAUUUGACGAGCAGUCCUGCUUAAUGAAAUUUGGUUCUUGGACAUAUGAUGGAUACGAGGUAGACUUGCGACACGUUAAACAAGAAGAAGGCUCUACUCUGGUACCUCUAGGUAUCGAUAUGAGUGAAUUCUACAAGAGCGUGGAGUGGGACAUUCUUCUUGUACCAGCGAAAUACAAUGAGGAAUACUACGACUGUUGUGUUGAACCAUAUCCAGAUAUUACGUUCAACAUUACCAUGCGUCGGAAGACGCUCUUCUAUACAGUCAACCUCAUCAUCCCCUGCGUUGGAAUAUCUUUUCUCACAGUUCUGGUCUUUUACUUACCAUCCGACAGCGGGGAAAAAGUCACCCUCUGCAUAUCCAUUCUCGUGUCGCUCACUGUCUUCUUUUUGCUGCUCGCCGAAAUAAUUCCACCGACCUCUUUAGCUGUCCCACUUUUGGGGAAAUAUUUACUUUUCACUAUGAUUCUAGUCACUUUAUCCAUAUCGGUAACGGUGGGAGUGCUCAAUGUUCAUUUCAGGUCAUCGUCUACACACCAAAUGUCACCUUGGGUGAGGAGGGUAUUUAUUCACAUAAUGCCUAGACUGUUGCUGAUGCGCAGACCCAUGUACGCCUCAGACGACGAGCUUGCGGAUCCUGCCAAGUUUUCAGUCAGGGGUUGCAAUGGCGUGGAACUGAGGAGGCACAGAGAUGAGGUGAAUGGUCAAUCAAUGGUUCCACCUCUUGAUAAUCUUCAUGUUAGUUAUGGUCGUCCUAAUGGUGUGGAAGAUAUAGGUUUAGAGCCUGAGCCCAUGAUGGUGGGAAAUGGUGGUUCUCGUCAUAAACCAUAUGCACCAGAGACUCAAAAAGCUAUUGAAAGUAUACUCUUUAUUGCUGAACACAUCAGAAAAGAAGACGAAGAAGAAAGUGUAAUCGAAGAUUGGAAAUACGUAGCAAUGGUGCUAGAUCGAUUAUUUCUAUGGAUCUUUACUAUAGCAUCGAUUGUUGGGACUUGUGGUAUAAUUCUACAAGCACCAUCUCUUUAUGACGAUAGGAUUCCUAUAGAAGGAUUUCAUGUUGCAUGAUCAAUGUUUGUGUGGAUAUUAUGUGCUAAAUAAUUUAUUUCGCGAUUCUUGUAUUGUACCAACCCCUCCACCAGUCGGCCCUUACUUGGCAGCUAAGCCAUGUCCACUAUACACUGGACAUUUAGGUCUCUAGAUUUUUAGAAGAAAAAAAAUACACGUUGUUUAUAAAUACAACAACUUCACAGCACGUUCAAAAUCAAAGACAAAAAUUGUAGGCAGUCUAAUGAGUUUAAUGUAUGAUGCGCUUUCCGUGAGCUUAAAUGACGUUUAUGGUUAUUUAGUUUAUUUAAGAUACUAAAUGAGUGGGUUCCUGAAUAUCGUUAACGUGGUUAUUAUAGUUGCCGUACUUAGUUAAAAAAGUUCAAUCUGUUUUAUUUUUAGAAAGGAGAGCGGAGACAUUCACUCCACUUUUUCUUAAAAACAAACAAUGCUGCGUUACGUAAAAUGUGAAUAGACAAAUCUUAUUUUGCAAUGCAAAAUAUUUCUAGAACUUUGUUGACUGCAUUUUUUAGUAUAACAUUUUUACUGAAAUGAAUAUUCGUAAUAAUAUAUAUAUUUAGAAACUGAGAACCUGGAUUAAUUUGGGCAAAAUGGGUCACGAAUCCAUGAAUUGAAUAUUAUUGUUUGUUAAACUUUUAAUCUUAUGUUAUUUAUUGCUUUUCUGAUAAAAUCAUUUGAAAUUUUAUUGAAAUUUUUUUUAUCAGAAAGCGAAAUUAGUUAUCUCACGAAAGCUAUAAACUAAAUUAACGAGAAAAUGGAAAAGCAUUAACUGAAGAAAUUAUGAAGGGGGUGAAAGUAAAUUUGAUUCGAGCACUCGGAAACAAGGCACUCAUUCUCUAGAUUUAAAAGACGUGAACGAGGAAAACAAAACAAAUUUGAAAAAGGAAACAACGUUGAUAGCGAAUAAAUGGAAAAUUAAAUAAAGUUCAGAUGUCGCCUGGUUAGCCCGAAAACUGAGCAAACCAGGCAUAAAAGUGUAAAUUAAAUUAAAAAAUAUGGAUAUAACAAUCUACAGCAUUUCAAUAGAUCAUCUGCACAUGUUGUUGGAACAAUUGGCAUGGAUUUAUUUUUGAUGAAGCCGAAAUUCUUAUAACGCCUUUAACACCAGCUCUUUUUGAUACUUUGGAAUCUUGUUUCAUUCAUAUGAUUUAAUAACCGUCGUUGAACAGCUCUGGAACUGGAUCAGGUAUUGGAGAAAUUUGCCAUUGUAGAGGAUUUUUUUGAUGUAACUAACACACAUUUGCGUUACAUGGAGAGGAGCACCGCGAAAACCUACUACGGUUUCUUAUAAUGACUGAUGGUAAGGAGACUAACCCAUGAUCCAUCUACCAGAGUAUAUUUUACAUCAGCACUAUGGUCGGUGCGACCUGGGUGCGGAUUUAAAUCGUUCAGCCAUCGCUGGGAUUCGAACCCGGUCACCUCACUGGGAGGCGAGCGAGAUCUAUCCUCUAAACCACCACGGUUUUCAUUCAUAUGAUUGAAGAUUCCUUAUUAAACGACCAGAGUUCAUUAGCGCCCUUUCAUAUAACUUUAAAAAGCAUCAUUUUCUGAUUUUCCACUCACAAUCACCUUCGUUUACCUCGCCUGUAACGGAUUUUCUUGCUUUGUAGUUAAUUUCCUUCAUACAAACCAUUAAUUUGUUGGUAACUUUAAAUUUUAUUUAUUUUAUGUAUUAUUUUUUUUACUCUAGAUUUUGAAAAGGGGUAACCUGUUAACGAGAGCUCACAAAUCUCGAUUUUUUCCACCUUUAUAAUUUUUGAGUUUAAUAAAGUUUUUGAAUUAUCAAAUAUACAGUUUCUUGGGAUUAUUCACUUCAGGUGAACUGAAUUGCUUGGAAGAUAGGCAGACAGAAAAUUUUUUAUACUUUAAAAGUUGAGGCAAAUACGGAGUUGGCUCCACUUGCACUGUCUCACGGAAUACGCCCAUAGUUUGUAUUUCGUUGUAUAUGUCUCCUUAUUUCUAAAUGGAAUAAAAUAAUUUAUAUAGAAUCAAAGUAAUAAACAUAAAAAUCAGAAGAUUGUAUUCAAGUUUUGGAAAAUUUUUAAAAUAUUACGAUUUAUAAAUGAGUUGAAUUGAGUUAGAAGGAGAUAAUAUCUGUUACUUUGAACUAGGUUCAUAAACUGCUACUUAAAAUUUAAUGUUUGCAACUGUUUCGAAGCUUUUACUAAAUUCAUUCGCAGUGGUACAGUUGUUUUUAGUGUCGCCAUUUGGAUGUUAACGUUUUGAGACAAUUAAAAUUUUUUAAAGCAAUUCUUAGUAGUUUUACAAUACUUGAUAUUUAAAUUUAUACUAAAUGUACUAUUUUUUCAGGAUGUAAUUUUUAACAUAACUAGAUACUUUUAAAAAUAAAAUAUCAGGUACAUUGAUUCAAACCCAUUUCUAUAUAAUUUGUUAAUAUUAAAUAAUUGUACAUUGAACACAAAUAGAUGAUUUUUCUUAAACAGAAAUAUAUCUGUUUUUUGUUCCAAUAUCUCAAAUUUUUAUAACAUCCAAUUAAUAUCCUUCUUUUUUUGAAGCUAUAGUUUUUCUCAAUCUAAAAUCAAUUUUCCAAUUCUUAAAGUUUCUUUUUAGCAAAUAAUUCAAAUUGUAAGAAGAAAAUUCACAAUAACACUCUUCGAAACUUUUCUAACUUAUUUGUAACACUAAUAUCUAUAGGUUUUCAAUAUUUUGCACUUCAGAACGCUUUUCAAACAAUUUUAUUAAAGCCUCCAACGUCACCUCUUUCAAACUUAUUCAAGAUAUAAAGAUAGGGGAAAAUUUUUUCUUUUAUAGUUAUAAAAGACAUAAUUAAGGAGCUAUUUCGAACUUUUAUUGAUUUUCUUUGAGUCUAUGAGACUUUUUAUAACUCUGCAAGAUCAGUCUUUGGGAUUAAUAUUAUUGGAAAACUUUUAUAGCAUUCAGAAUUUAUUUUGAUUGCUCUUCUAAUAUGAUUUAAAACUUAAUCACUGUCUAAAUUCGAAAAGAUUAAGAAUUCGUAUCUUUCUAAACAAAUUUGGAAUGAUGUAUACUAGAAUGAAUGGUAUAAAAGUUAUUCAUAAAAUAGAAUAUUGUCAGGACUUUUGAGAAUUAGGUUUAGUGAGAUCACUUGUCAGUGACCCGCAGGGCAAGCCGAGUCUGUAUUCGUUGAAUCACUAGUGAUUUAUUUAAAAAGACGUUUUAAUGCAAUAGAAAAAUGGAAAAUAUAAUAAAAAAAUAUUAAUUUAUUAGGCCACCAUGAAAAUACAUAUAAAAUAAAUUUCAUCCUUCAAACCCAAAAGCCUGUCUCGUUCUUUUCUAAACAAUAAAUUUUUAUUUCACGUCUUUGAUAUUAGAAUUUCAUAUUAUCUUGUUUUUUUCAUUAUUUAUCAUGCCUCGCUAAAGCUAAAUUUUCAAAGUUGUGACAAAUACAAAAUUUAUUAAAACUUAGUCAUUGCUUAAAAUUGAAAUACUUAAGAAUUCGCAUGAUU